AUUCACUGUGUAGAACACAUUUUAUUCAUCAAUCGGAUUAAAUAACAGAAAUACAAAAUUAAACUCAUUGAAACUAAUCACUAUUUCUAAACUUAUUGAAUGAAUGAAUAACCGAUGGUUAAUUGACGUAUCUCAUAUUUGGGCUAGUACACAUAUAUAUUUAUAUAUUGCUUCAUUUUAUCCUGAUGUAGUAAAUUAAUGAUAAUGAUGAAAGAAAAAUGAAUAUUCUGCUAUGGACAUAAACUUGUCAACACAAUAAUAAUGAUUGUCUAUUGUCAAAAUCAUCAUAUUACAUAUAUUGAAUUGAUAAGUAUUUUUUGUUUAAAUUUACAAACGUAAUAAUAAAAAUAGUAAUAAUAUACUCUUAUCUCAAAUAGUGUAUUGAGAAAUAUAUGCGAAUUAACAUAGUUUGAAUAGUCAACUUACCCAUAGACACAUAGAGUAUUCAUAAUGAAAUAUGGAUUAUUUCAAAUUAAGAAUAAUUAUGAAUUAACAGUGAAAGUUAUAUAUCAACUACUAUAUUCAUUACUGUAAAUAUUAUUCUUCUAUUUGGCUUUAUUUUUUCUUCUUUGUAUGAUCAUUAUUGAUAUCAGUAGAACAAAAAGAUUAUAAGAAAAAAAAUGGAUUUUUAUUGUUAUAUGUUAUAUACUACCAUUGUCUUUCAAUUUCUUACAUUAAAUCAUUCUAACUAUGUGAAUGGACAAUAUACUAUGGAAUAUUUUAUUACUGAAGAAUGUCCACCAAAUACAUUAGUUGGAAAUUUAAAUAAUAUACCAUAUAAUUCAAUGAGUCAAUCAUAUUCAUUUAGUACUUUUCAACUUUUAUCAAAUAAUGUAAAUUUUUAUUUGAAUGAAUCUACUGGAUUAUUGUAUACACGUGGUCGAAUCGAUCGUGAAACUAUUUGUUCUGAUAAUAAUAUACACAGUAGUAAUACAAUGAAUAAUCUUCUUCCACAUUCAACAAAUGACUUUAGAAUUAAAGAAGUUGAUCAACUUGUAAUAAACGAACCGAAUUCUCUAAAUACAGGAUAUAUUACUAAAUCAAGUUGUGAAAUAUUACUACAAGCCUUACAAUUCAUUCAUGAUUCUCAUUCACGUGAAAAUAAUGAACAACAGCAUAGAGUGAUAUUAAUAAAAAUAUAUAUUUUUGAUAUAAAUGAUAAUACACCAUCAUGGCAAGAGAAUAUUAUACAAAUCAGUGUACCAGAACAUACUUCAAUCGGUACUAGAAUACCCUUACCAACAGCUAAUGAUCCAGAUUGUGGACCUAUUAAUACAACUGUAAAUUAUUCACUACUUGAUGAGAAUGUAAAAUUUCAGUCUUCCGUUAUAAAUUCAGAAAAAACAUCUUCAAUGCAAAAUGUUUUCCAUUUAGAUGCAGAGCUUAUAUCAAAUCCAGAUAUGAAUUUAAACACUGUGUGGAAUUAUCAAGCAAUUACUUGUAAACCACGGAUUUUUCGUUUAUGGCUUCGUAUUACACAAGAUUUAGAUUGUGAUGAUGAUAAUACCGAUGAAACUGAUACUUUGACUUCAUCAAAACUAUAUCACCCUGAAAGUGUGAAAGUAAAACAAGCAAAGUUGACUUUAAUUGCAGUGGAUGGUGGUCAACCGGUUAGUUUGACAGGCACUGUAACAAUAAAUAUAACAGUUACAGAUAUUAAUGAUCAUGCUCCCGAGUUUAUCGACUCUGGUCGAUAUCACUCUAAAACUACAAGCGAAUCAUCUUUAGUUCACUUAUCACCUGUUUACUCAGAAAAUGGAGAAUUAUAUAUACAGCUUCCUGAAAAUACUCCAGCUGGACGAGUUAUAUAUAAAGCACAAGCGGUUGAUCGUGAUGAAUCAGAUAAGAAAAAGCUUAAAUACACACUAGGAACAUCAGCCGGUCUAGAUGUUAGGGACACAUUUAGAAUAGACCCGAAAUCAGGUGAAGUAAUUCUUUUACGUUCGCCGGAUUAUGAGCAACACAGAAUACACAUUUUACCGAUCACAGUAACUGAUGGUAAACACUUGAUAACGCAAAAGUUGACUGUACGAAUUCAAAACAUAAAUGAUCACCCUCCUAUGAUUUCAGUUCGUCCAGUUAUUAAACAGAAAUCGAGUAAUUUUUCUUCAAGUUCAUCGAUACGUCCCGGAGUUCGAAACUUUAUUAAUGGUCGAACAAUUCUACUAUAUGUAACUGAACAUGAACCACCAGGCCAGUUAAUAGGAACUGUAACAGUAACUGAUUCUGAUGAAAUUGCUGACCCGAUUCUUGCUAAAUCAGACAAUUUGAUUGAGAAUAAUGCCCCAACUAUGAAUUAUCAAUAUCAAACAAUUGAUUCAGAUACACAUCUAAGCAUUAAUUGUCAGUUAAAUCAUAAUGGGUUAGUGUUGGAACCUUUGUUCAAAGGUGCUAAAAAUCAAUUUAAACUUCUUACUUAUGCUAGUUUCGACAGAGAACAACAAACAGAUCAGUUUGCUACACUAACAUGCUAUGAUUAUGGCCAACCACCAUUAUCUUCACAAGUUGGUUUACAUCUUAUUAUUGAAGAUAUCAAUGAUCAUGGUCCUCAGUUUAAACAAAGUAAAAUGAUUGCUCAUAUAAAAGAAAAUAGUCCAUCUGGAACAAAAAUUUACAAAAUUGAUGCACAUGAUCCAGACAUUGGUCCAAAUGCUUUAUUAGGUUAUCGUUUAGAUGGACAACACAUGGAUAAUUUUAUGAUUGAUGAAAAAACGGGUACAGUAACUAGUUUACGACCAUUUGACAGAGAACAGAUAGAUCAUUUUAAUCUAUCUGUAAUUGUUUAUGAUCAGUCUGAAUGGGUUACACUAAAUAAUUAUAAUAAUGAUAAUAUUACAUCUCUAACAGAUAUAACUAUAAAAACAAAUACAAUUGAACUGUUUAAUCGUAAAGCACCAAAACAGCAUAUUGUACAUGGAACUCUUCAUGUUUUCAUUGACGAUGUAAAUGACUGUGUACCAACAUUUGAUAAUUCAUUAUAUCAAUUAACUGUAUCCGAAGAUGCUAAAAUUAAUCAUUUAAUUGGACAAAUUGAAGCAAAUGACAGUGAUGCAACCGAAAUUAAUAAUCAAAUACAUUACGUCAUUAAACCACAAAUAGAAGGUCAAGUAAUUCAUGAAUUUCGUGUAUCAACUAAGGGUUAUAUUUAUGUGGCACGUGGUAAUUUGGAUAGAGAAAAAAUACCAGCUUAUAAUUUCUACUUAGUUGCUAUGGAUUCUGGACUCCCUACAUUAUCAUCUUCGACACAGGUUCAUAUACAUUUGAUCGAUGUUAAUGAUAAUUCACCCCAAUGGAUAUUUCCAGCGCAUAAUCAUCAGAUUAUAAAUUUAACCAUUAAUGAACCAGUCGGUUAUCGUGUAGCUCAAUUAAUUGCUGAGGAUCUAGAUGAAAAUGAGAAUGGUGAAGUUAUUUAUCGACUUGUUCAAACUAGUUUUAUGUCCAAUAUGCCUAAUAUAGUAGAUAGGACAAUAAUGACCAGCCCAUCAACACGUCUAGAUAAUACUAUUAAUAGUAAUGUACAAAUUGUCCCAAAAACAGACAUGAGAUAUGUCCCAUCACAUAAUGUUGGUAACUUGUUUGAACUGGAUUCCAUAAGUGGUGCAAUUUAUGUUGGUCGAUCAAUGAACAUAGAUGAUGUUGGAUCGAUUAAAUUAGUAUUAGAAGCAAGUGAUCGUGGUCAUCCAGCUAAAGUUAAUCAUAGGGUUUUACAAAUUGAUAUUUUUCGUUAUUUAUCACAAGCAAGCGCCUAUUUAUUGAGUGAAAAUGACGGUGACAAUGUUGGAGUUAAUGAACAUGAUAGACAGAAGAACACAGUUGUUGGACAUGGAACCUAUUUAGAAAAUGAUCUAAUUGUAAUUGUAAUUAUGGUCGCUGUAACACUGAUAAUAUCGUUAAUACUCAUAUUAGCUAUUUUAUUUCUACGCUGUGGUGCAUGUACUCAACGAAAUACAACACAAUGUGAACAAAAUAAUCCAAGAUUUUAUAGACAGAGCCUCAAUCAUACACAUCAUCUUGAAGAAGUCUUUAGAGAUUCUGGAAUGCUUGAAGUUGAUGGUUUGCUUUCACCAGGAGCUGAACAUUUAUUGGGUGAAGGCGGUUUAAAUACUUUUCCUUCACCAAAUCAUCUUCAUCAUCCACCUCAAUCUACAGAUUCGGAUAAAAUGAUAAGAAGCUUUUUAUCAAAUGCAGAGAAAAAUCAGUGGAUGAUGGCUGCAGUGGAUCCGAAAAAACCUGAUACAUUACGAUCCCAUAAACUGUUCAACUCAACACAUCCAUUUCAUCCUUCACCUACAAAAUUAAAUGACUUAUCUACUUUGAAACGAGCCAGUCAGACGGGAACAAUCUGUCGUUUAAAACCUGUUGAAGAACGCUUUCUUGAUACUGGAUCGACUAAAAAUUCUCCUGAUCAUGAAUUGAAAUUACUGAUGGGAGCAUGUCCAACACUCAGGCAACAAAAUCAGACUUGUUCAACUUUUAAAGCAGGUUCUUCACAAAUUUCAGAUCUACGUAUUAAUUCACCAUCGUAUAGAGAUCCUGGUUCUAUAAGAAAUUUAACUUCACCCAAUGAAAUAACAGAAGAUAUAGAAAGUAUGGAUAGUGGUCAUGGAUGUAGUACCGAUACAGGAAUGAUAGAAAAUCAUUUCCCUAAUUCAAGACCUCAAAGUUCACUCAAUACUUUUCGUGUGAAUAAUGCAACAUUUCGUCAAACUCCAGCCUGUUAUUGUUCUCUUAAUGUUGAACAGUUAAAAAGUGCUCUAUCAUCAAGAAGCCCAGAAUUAUUACCCACUGAACAGGAUGAUCUUACGUUGAAAGUCAUGGCAUAUCGUAGACGAAGUGGAACAUUACCACUAUGUUCUAUCCCAGUAAAUAAUGAUAACAUUGAAGAUGAAGAUAGUAUACUACCUACACAUUUCUCAACUAAAUUAAAUUCUGCAAAAUCAUCUAAUGAUCUAUUAAAAACAGUUGAUGCAAAAUGUUGUCUUAAAUAUAAUGUCGAACAACAACAACAACAACCUAAGAAUCGUUUAUCUGUUUCAUGGUUAGAUACACAUUCAACCUGUAAUACUGGACAAAAUCACAUUUCUAAAACUGUCACUUCUGCAUGUGCUCCUGCGUCAAGUCCAGAAUGUUGUACUACUACUGUCAAUAUGAAUAAUAAUACAAAUGAAAAAUCUAAAUUUUUAAGUUCAUCUUUAGAAAAUAAUAAUACUACUAUUACUAAUACUACUACUACUAAUAAUAAUGAUAAUUCUAAAGAAGAAUCUCAUAAUGAUAUAUCUCAAUCUACUGAAGGUACAAUGAUAUUAUUUAGUCCAGUAGAUCCACUUGGUUAUGCUCAAUUAAUUCAUACUCAAUCAGAUGAACAAUUUAUAUCACCACAAAAUAUUUAUACAAAAUUUCCAACAAGUUUUGUAUAAUUAAAAAUAUGUAAAAUAAAAUUUUUUUUCCCAGAAAAAAAAAAGAUAAAAAUCGUAACAGUUUAACUUAUAGAAAGAAAAUGUUAUUUUAAAAUUUGACAUUUUGUUUUCAUUUUAUGAUGAAUAUAUAUAUAUAUAUAUAUAUAUAUAUAUAUAUAUAUAUUUGAAGUGGAUGACAAUACAAUACAAACAGAGAAUAUACAUUAUCUCUCACCAAAUAGGCCUUCAUUACUUGGUUAUUCUUUAAUUUUGUUCGUUCGUUUGUUCGUUUCAAAUUGGUCUCAUCUGUGACACUUCAUAUUGUUAUCCUUCACUCUUACUUCUAUUUGUUCUUUCUUUCUCUUUUUUUGUUGCUUCUUCCCUGAUGAUGAUGAUGAUGAUGAUGGUGAGAUCCAUUAUCGUGAUAAAUAAUUAUAAAAUCAAUUCAUAUAUGCACAUUUUUAUGGAUCUGUAUUUAUUUAUAUAAAUAAUUUUAAGUUCUUAUUUCUAUAAUUUCAAGAUGUUUUGUUCUUUUUUUUGGUUUUCUCCUGAAGUAAUUGAGUCUAUAAGUAUUUUUUAAUAGAAUGGUACAUAAAUAUGUGGAAUGUAGGUAAUCAUGUAUACAUAUAUGAUAUAAUGACUGUGUCGAAGUGAUUUGUACAGAAUAUUCCAAUGUCGACUACGAUUGAUUAAAGUUCAGUCAAAAUAUUAGAAAUGGAAUAAAUAAAAUAAUUAUAACUUAUAAUUAAUAUUGUGAUUUAUUACAAGAUUAACAUAAUAGAAUAUGAAACUAGUUUAAGAAAAUAGAUGACGAUUCCUAAUGAGUAUUAUAUAACAAAAAUAACGAAUAAUUAAUUAAUGACGUAAUUGCAUAGAAACGAUUAUUUGAUAUAAUCAUAAUGAUGAUUUGUGAAGGAAGUUUAAGAAGUACUUCAAGGAAUAAUGAGAGACAGAAAAUACUCAAAUACCGUUUCUUUGUACAAUUUUUAUUAUUAUUCUUGAUUCUUUAAAUUAAUGGACUCAAUUCCUUAUUUUUAUGGUGAGAAUGUAACGUUACGAUUAGUAAAUUCAAACUGGUAAACAUAUUUAGCUCUAGACUUCAACCACAUUUCAGUUUGAUGGAAUGGUGGCAUUUGAUUGCAUUAGGCCUAAAUGUAGAUCUU